CAGGUGAACUUUGACCAUGUCAGUCUGGGGUGGUGAGGGCAGAAGAGUGAGACGCUGUGAAUGACUGACCAACACAAAGCCUUUAUGAUUUCAGGUCCCUCUCUUUUUUCCCUCUAUGAGGUUUAGAAGGCUGAUUCUAUUCUUUGUGGAUAUGAAAGUUGUUCAUGAGGAAGCCAGGCUGUGGACACACUGAGGCUGAAGAUGACUCAGAACAUGUUCCAAGAGGGGCUGUACCAUGUUUUUUUUAAGGACCGCACCUCAGGCCACCCACUCACUGUAACCACCAAUCAGGAAGAAUUUAAAGAUGUGCGGAUUGGACGCUGGUUUGGGACAGUCGUUAACACCCGCCUCCUUGUCACUGGGGUUUUGCAGGUCUUCGGUGCCCUGGCCUCCAUUCUAACCACAGUAACCUACGCCUGCGUGAGCUUCAACUGUUCCGUCUCAUUGACUACACCAGUCUGGUCCGGCCUGUUUUAUCUGGCCACUGGAGGGCUGGCAAUGGAAGUUCAGAGGAAACCCAACAAACUCAAUGUGACCACAUUGAUAGGCCUGAACAUCUUCAGCCUACUGCUGGGGUGCUGUGCUCUGCUGGCCUACAGCCUCAUCACUUCACAGGCUAAAGCACUCUACACAGACCAACAGCGAGCGGGUGUGUACAUAGCGAAGGGCAGUUCUAUAAUGUUCACAGUACAGUGUCUGCUGGCCUCUGUCUACACGCUCUUCCUGUCCUGGAGAGGUCUACGACGGUACAGCGGCCCCCACACUCAGACCUACAAUCGUCUAGCACAGGCAAGAAUAAAUGCACACAAAUGCCAGCACACGCACUCACACAUAGCAACAUAUACACAUAUACAAACACUAGCACAUACGCACGGAUGCACCUGGCCGAAUACACACUCACACAAUCAAAAACAUAUUGACAUGGUCACAUGUUUAGCUGCACUGGACUCACUAAACAGUCUCUGUUUUUCACAGGGCCCAGAUGAGGACAUAAAUGAGCCCCUAAUGGAAACAGGAGAAUUCAGCCUUUAAACCAGCAGACCUAUGCGUGUGACAAACUAUCUUAAGAUAUUAAUUUGACGAGGAUGUCUAAGAAUAUACACAAUGACAUUGUAUUUUCUUCCUAUGACAUUAAAUAGAACAUUGACAAUCAAGCCCCUUAUACAAUGUGUAUAAAACCUUGUAAAUAUGUACUCAUAUAUCCCGGAAAAUACAUAGCCUAUAUAUUUUUCAAAGAUCAGGACUGCACUGCAUACACACGUGCAUUACAUUUGUAAAGUAGGUGUUGAGCAUCUUCAAAAUGAUAAAGCAUAAUCAAAACAUGUAUUCAUCUCGCUUGUUUGUAAUGUUACGCUGCAUCCGUUUGGUCUAUUUGGUCUACACACAGCGUGUUUUUAGUUCAGUGGUUUCAAGAACGGUGGAGCACUACGUCCACGUCACUUCUUGACUGUCUCUUCAGAAUGCGGCUCGUUUCUCCGUCCUGUAUUCUGAUGGUUGUUUCACAUUGGGACCAAUCUAAAAGAGAGGAUUUUGCAGAACAAUGAUAAUGAGUUGUAUGUAUACAGGAGAGCUAAAUACAGGACCAUCAGAAAUAAACAUAUGGUGUAAUAAA